AGUAAGGGACUAAGGGAUGGACAUCAUCUCACCUCUCUGAACAAAAUUGCUAUCAAUUGCGCGCCCUACUUUCGAAAAGUAUUUCAAGCUUGGUCUCGGCUUUCUGCCAUUGCACUCGUUCUCCCAGCCAGAAGUUUUGCAAAACUGCAAUGGCGGAAGGGGAAGAAGAUUACAUGGGAGACCUUUCCCAGUUUCUACCUCCGGAAGCUUCUCCAUCUUCUGAAAAGGUUUCUAGCAAUAAAUCCGCCGUAGUCUCAAAAUCUGUAAACAAGCGCAAACCUCUAAGCUGGCAAGAACAGAGAAAACUUAAACGACAACAAAAGCAAAUUGAAGAGGAUCAACAAACACUGGCGAACUUAGAAUCAGCAAUUCCUGAAUCAAACAUUGGGUUUAAAAUGUUGAAACAAAUGGGAUACAUUCCUGGCUCAUGUUUAGGGAAGGAUGGUUCAGGAAGGGUUGAACCAGUGGGAUUGGAAAUUCGAAGAGGCCGUGCUGGGCUUGGGAAGGAAGACUCGAGAUUAGAGAAGGCAAGGAUAGAAAAAGAGAAAUCUGAAAUUGGGCAAAAGAAGGAGGAAGAACUUAUGGUAGACUUUGAGCAUCGCCAAAAAGAGAGGUGGAGAGGGCGGAGGGUUGUUGUCAACUUUCACAAGGCUGAGGCUGUAUUAGCCCAGUUGGAGAAUAGGGAGGUCGUUGAAGAGGCUAAGGAAAAAGAAGGAGAAGAGGAAGAAGAAGAAGAAGAAAUCAUCACAGAAGAGGAUUUGCUAACGAUGCUGAUGAAAUUAAGAGAUGAAUAUUAUUACUGUCUAUUCUGUGGAUGCCGGUAUGAUUCUUUGGAGGCACUUGCGGGUGACUGCCCUGGCGUAUCGGAAGAAGACCACUAGACAAUUCGACUUAUUGGAGGGAUUCAUGUAUUUCAGGGACAGUUGAGAUUUGUAUACUUAGCUUUUUACCAAAUCUGAUGCUGGCUAUUCAAUAGUGAAAGUGGUUAGGGUCUUAAACGUCAUCAAAACAUCCUUCAAAUGAAGGUUUCUUUGUGCCAUGAAUCCAGAUGCGCAAAAAAAAAAAAAAAAAAAAAAAAAUCCAGGUAUGUAUUGCGUAUUUGCAUUCUUGAUCUGGGAAAUCAAGUGUGGCCCUCGAUUGCUUUUAUGGGAAAUCUUAAUAUGCAUGCUGAAAUUUGUACUUUUCAAAUACCUAUACACACAAUGAAAUUAAAUUAGGGCAGCUGGAGGUACUUUUGGCUAAACUUGC